AUGGCUAUAAUCUGCUCCCGGCGAGCAAAACUCGGGGAGAUGUCGGAGAAAAGAUCCGCAAAUUCAAACCUGGAGGACAAACCAGGCGUGAACUUGUACAAGCCCCAUUUUGAUUUCUUGCCUGGGACCACCCAGCUGCGGCUUCAGGCCUCCAGCGAAGCCACAGCUGCCGCCCAGCAGGUCGUUGUCGGGCCCGAUGGGACCCCUGGUUACCAGCAUGUGGUCCAUCUGUCACGGAGGCUGGUGGAGCUCUGCAGGAAGGGCUACGUGAACAACGCCGAGGUAGAGGAGAUCGUGGGGGUCUGUAGCGUACCCAUCCCGCUACAAGGACUCACUGACGAAGGGGAGGUUCAAGAAAAGCAAGACCUACGCUCCUGGCAGCGUAGCCCAGCCGGGGGUGGAGAGCAUGAAACGCUGCGUGGUGGGAACGGGGAGCGGUCCCGCCUCCAGCCGCCUGGUGGAGGCGGUGAUGAAGCAGCUGUGCGCCAUGUACCCGGGCAGCAGGAGGGUGGAGGGGAUGUUGCUCAGCCAGUGGACCUGGUCUUGAGGGACUACAACACCAUCAGGUCUGUGGUGGUGAGCCAUCCAGCCCUCAAGACCAGAACCUCCCUCCAGCUCUUCGCCAUCAACCAGGCGACCCUCUCCCAGUGGCACAAGAAGUGGACGGCAGCCAAUGAGAGGACCAUCCUCAUGGCUGCCGUUCCUCCACUCCAGGCCCCCAGAGAGGCGGCGGAGUCCCUGCUGCCUGCCAAGGAGCUGCAGCGGCCACAGCCUCCUCCCAGCACGUCCCUGGUGUUCCAGAACAUCUGUCCUCUGGAGCCCAGAGACGAGACCGGAGCCUCCCAGCCUCCUGCAGGUUCAAGGCCCUCCACCCCUGCGCCAUCCACCAGCUCUUCCUCUCUGGAGGCCCCAGGCCCUCUACCCGCUGGAUCCAUCACACCGAAGUCCACAGUCUGGAACAGAAAGAAGCUGCUGCGCCUCCAGGAAGCUGCAGCAAAGGAGGGAGCGACUUUGAAAGUCAGAGCUCCCUCCAUCAAUGUCUGCAGCGGCUGUGGACUUUGCUAGAUCAAGGAGACGGGCCACAGACUCCUGAAAAAGCCCAGCGGGGAGACGGUCAACUACUGCCCUGUGGCUGCCAAGGGGCAGAGCGGCUGGCCUCUUUAUAAAUAUUGUAUAUAGUCUUAUUUCAUUUUGUAUAAUAAAAAAUUAAAGUAUUCACAUCUGUGCAUAUA